UUUAAUCACACGCACUUCAUGACUGUCUGCACAGACUUGAUCCUGUCCUGGCCCCAUCAUUAACUCCUGGGACUUCAUUUCAACUCUGCGGUCAUGGGGAAAGGCUUUUAUAUCAGUAGGCCUUUAGGGUUUGUGCUAUUAGGGUUGGGCGUUGUGUCCGUCCUCACCAUUUUUUCUUUGUCAGUGGUCUAUACUAAAGAGAAACGGAGAAACGAAGUAAAGUCCACAAAUGGGACCCAAGCGGUGACGACUGCAGCUCCCUACAGCACCCCAGCUCCAUCGAACGAGCCCUGGGACAAGUACAGACUGCCUGACACUCUUCUUCCUAAAUACUACAACGUGACGCUUUGGCCACGGUUGGUGCCGGACGAGCAUGGAAUGUACAUUUUCAAUGGGAAAUCUGGAGUUGCAUUCACAUGCGUCAAGGAAACCAACCUGAUCAUUAUUCAUUCCAAUAAGCUGAACUUGACCUUGACCUCGGAGAAGCACCAUGCCACGCUGUCGGGUUUGGGAGGGACAAGCGCUCCGGGCAUUCUGAAAACCUGGUUUCAAACACAAACACAGUUCAUGGUGAUCCAGCUGAAAGAAAAACUACAAGUUGGAAAAUCGUAUUGGCUCUACAUGGAAUUCCAUGGAGAGCUGUCAGAUGAUCUAGAAGGAUUUUACAAAAGCCAAUACACAGAAAAUGGUGUAAAAAAAGUUGUUGCCACAACACAAAUGCAGCCCACUGCUGCCCGGAACGCUUUCCCCUGCUUUGAUGAGCCGUCAAUGAAGGCCGUCUUCCAUCUGACUCUCCUCCACCCUCCUGGAACUGUGGCCCUUGCUAAUGGCAUGGAGCUGGGCACUGAACGCAUCACUAUAGACAGUAAAGAAGUUUUACAGACCAGAUUUGAGCCAACUCAGAAAAUGUCAACAUAUCUGCUGGCCUUUAUCGUCAGCGAAUUUACCAAAAUACAAUCCCCACUAGAGGCCAAUGUUUUGAUCAGAAUAUGGGGACGUAGAGAAGCCAUUGAAAGUGGUCAUGGAGAUUAUGCCCUCAAUGUGACAUUCCCUAUUUUGAAGUUUUUAGAAAAAUAUUACAACACCACAUACCCUCUAUCCAAAUCAGACCAAGUUGCAUUGCCUGAUUUUGCUGCUGGAGCAAUGGAAAACUGGGGUCUGGUCACUUACAGAGAGCAAUCGCUUUUCUAUGAUCCUAAAGUGUCCUCUAAUGAAGAUAAAGAAUGGGUGGUCACUGUAAUCGCACAUGAACUUGCACACAUGUGGUUUGGAAACCUCGUGACCAUGAGAUGGUGGAACGACCUGUGGCUCAAUGAAGGUUUUGCAAGUUAUGUUUCCUAUCUUGGAGCUGAUUAUGCUGAACCCACCUGGAAUAUUAAAGAGCUGAUGGUGCAGCAACAGGUUCAGAGAGCGUUUGCCGUCGACUCUCUUGUUUCCUCCCACCCCCUUUCUUCACGAGAAGACGAAAUCAUCACACCUGAUCAGAUCAGUCAGCUAUUUGAUACCAUCACGUAUAGCAAGGGGGCUGCAGUCCUGAGAAUGCUUUCUGAGUUUCUGACAGAGUCUGUCUUUGCUAAAGGACUUCAUUACUAUUUGCAAGAGUAUGCAUUCAGCAACACUGUGUACACAGAUCUUUGGAAGAAACUGCAGGAAGUUGUAGAUGCAGAUUCGGGAAUCCAGCUCCCAGACUCAGUCAAUGAAAUCAUGAAUCGCUGGAUUCUUCAGAUGGGUUUCCCUGUCGUAACUAUUGACACUCGAACAGGAAGUAUCUCUCAGCAGCACUUCCUGAUACACCCAGAGGCAGUAGUGUACAAGCCAUCUGACUACAAUUAUGAAUGGAUUGUGCCAAUCAAAUGGAUGAAGAAUGGCCAAAACAUGGGCCAGCACUGGCUGCGUAAUAAAACAGCUUCAUACGAACCCAUGAAGACUGAAACAGACUGGUUAUUGGCCAACCUGAAUGUCACGGGAUACUACAGGGUUAAUUAUGAUCCCCAGAACUGGGAACGUCUCCUCAAACAACUGACUACAAAUCAUAAAAUUAUUCCAGUUCUUAAUAGGGGCCAGAUCAUAGAUGAUGCAUUUAAUUUGGCGAGGGCACAGAUAAUCAGCAUAACCUUGGCUCUGAGAACAACCGAGUAUCUGUACGAGGAGAAGGAGUACAUACCGUGGGAAUCUGCAAUUAGCAAUUUACAGUACUUUUUCCUCAUGUUUGACCGAACAGAAGUCUAUGGACCUUUGCAGAGUUACCUGCGGAGAAAGGUGCAGCCUCUUUUUGACCACUUCAAAGUUAUCACAUCAAACUGGACUCAGAAACCUCCAAGAUACAUGGACCAAUACAACCAAGUAAAUGCAAUCUUAAUGGCCUGCAAAACUGGAGUGAAAGGAUGUUCAGAGCUCACUAGCAUGUGGUACAGACAGUGGAUGAAGAACCCUGACAGUAACCCAAUUGCCCCAAAUCUGAAGACCACUGUGUACUGCACUGCCAUUGCCGCUGGUGGUGUUGAAGAGUGGGAUUUCGGAUGGCAGAUGUUCAGGAACUGUACCAUUGCUGCAGAGGCGAGGAAGCUGUUAUUUGGUCUGUCAUGCACUAGAGAGUCCUGGCUGUUAAACAGGUACCUGGAAUUCACAACAGACCCAAAUCUGGUCAGGAAGCAGGACGUUACCUCCGCCAUUGUGUAUAUUUCAGGCAAUGUAAUAGGGCAGCCGUUGGUUUGGGACUUUAUCAGAGCCAACUGGAAACGUCUAACUGAAGAUUAUGAUGAUGGAUUCUUCUUUUUUGGAAGACUUAUCCAAGGCAUCACGAAAAAGUUUUCUACAAAAUUUGAACUGCAACAGUUGCAGAGAUUUAAAGAGGACAUCGAAGCAAGCGGUUUUAGUUUUGGUAUGCACGCAAUAGAGCAGGCCAUUGAACAGACAAAAGCCAACGUGAAAUGGGUUUCUGAAAACAAAGCAAACGUGAUGAACUGGCUGACUCAACAAUCAGCCUAAUCAAUCACUCUCAUUAUCAAUGUUUCUGGAGAAUAUUUUCAUACUAACAUGAGUAUGCCAUUUAUUUAUGUUUUGAAAACAAAUACAGACAUUUUCUCAUCAAGUCCGUUUAUCAGCCGUUCUGUGCCUUUAAUUAGUAAAUAAGAGUGAUUAAAUAUUCUGCAGUAUGUUAUAACGGUUGUUUAUAAUUAUGAUGUCAAUUUUCCUUCGCUUAAAAAAUGUUUGUAUGCAUUUAAAUAUUUAGCAAUAAACAUCAAAUAUAUUUUAUAUUCAAAAUCAUCAGUUUGAUAGUGUAUUGUCAUUUAUGAUGAUCAUUUUUUCAUUAAUGAUUUAUUGGCAAUUCUUCAUAGAACAAGUAGUUUUGUUGGCUUUUUUCUUUUUAUGAAUGUCAACCUGAAAUCAAAAGCUUGUCGUUUUAAUUGUUUUUGAAAAACCUAUGGAGGAAAUGAAUGGGAAAAAUACUGUUCUGCUUAUGAAAGAUGAACUAACGGUAUCCACAGUGGAAUGAACCUUCAGUAAUUGUAACGGCACAUUACAGGACUUCUUGUUUCUAGAAUAUCUAGAUGAACGUGGUCAGUUCUUCUGUGUUUCUAUAACUAGAUGAACAUGGUCGGUUCCUCUGUGUCAUUAUGGCCUCAACAGAGGAAGUAGACAAGACAGGACAAAUGGCAGGAAGGGAGGAUGAGGAAGUGAUUCAUUAUCAUGGUGUCUGAAAGCAGCUGCAGAAUCGUCACCUUCAGGAAUCUUACGACUUUUACCACACAGAAACGGACAUCGAAGAACAGCUGUCACUCACGUCACUAAUGGUGCUAUUAAUAUCUUUAAUGCAGUCCCAGCUAGAUUUGUAUUAUUAUUGUGUAUAUAUUGUGUAUUUUUCACUGUAUUGCUGGCACCAUGGCUUAAACUUAAAGGAAUACUUCACCCAAACUGUAAAAUUAGCUGGAAAUGGACCGACCCUGAGGCCAUCCAAGAUGUAGAUGAGCUUGUUUCUUCAUCGGAAGAGAUUUAGAGAAAUGUAUCAUGACAUCACUUGAUCAUCAAUGGAUCCUCUCCAGUGAAUGGGUGCCGUCAGAAUGGAGGAAGGGUUAUUAUUGACUUGUAUUUUAGCCAGAAAUUAUGGUUUAAAGUUAAAAUGACUUGAUUAUGGAUUUGUUUCUUACAAACACACAGCUUUUCACUUCUUUUGUUAAUUUAUGGACUAGAGUUCUGUUGAUUACUGGUGGAUAUUUGUGUUGUUUUUAUCAGCUGUUUGGACUCUCAUUCUGACGGCACCCAUUCACUGCAGAGGAUCCAUUAGUGAGCAAGUGAUGUAAUGCUAGAUUCCUCUAAAUCUGUUUCAAUGAACAAAGAAACACAUCUGGGAUGAUCCAAUGGAAUUUUCAGCAAAUUAUCAUUUUGGGGUGAACUUUUCCAAGUACCUCGAGAGAAUUUAAGGUAUCAGGAAACAAGUCAGUUUAUCUUUUUGGCUUGUAAGAGGCAUCAGAUCUUGCAUUUCAGAAGAAGAGUCCCACAGAGCUUCAUUUAAGGUCUAAGGGGCAUUAAAGGAGCUCAGCUGUGAGAGUUAGUUUACUUUACUUCCCACAUUAAUGCUCCCUCUGCAGGGCUGUUUCCUUAAAUGUGUGAAUUACAGC